AUGACCCUAGCCGAAAGAAUGUAUAACCUGGGCACCGAGACCGCUUUCGAAGUUCUGGCGAAGGCGCGGGCCCUCGAGGCCCAGGGACGGGACAUCAUUCACCUGGAGAUAGGCGAGCCCGACUUUGACACGCCCAAGCAUAUUGUCGAUGCCGGUGUACGUGCGCUGCAGGAGGGAUACACUCACUAUGGACCAACCCCGGGCUUGCCCGAGCUUCGGGAAGCUAUCGCUCGCAACAGCCGGGAGGUUCGCGGCAUCGACACUGACCCGGGUCAGGUGGUUGUUACACCCGGUGCCAAACCCAUCAUGUUCUACGUCAUUCUGGCCCUGGCCGAGCCGGGAGCUGAGGUCAUUUACCCCAAUCCCGGUUUCCCCAUUUACGAGUCUAUGAUCCGCUUUUCCGGUGCUACCCCGGUGCCUAUGCAGUUGCUGGAAGAGAAGGACUACCACCCCGACCUGAACGAUCUGGCCACUAAAAUCACCGACCGCACCCGCCUGAUCAUCAUCAACUCUCCUGAAAACCCCUGCGGCUCUGCACUGACCAAGGAUGAGUUGGAGACCAUCGCCAAUCUGGCCCGGGGCAAGAAUCUCUACGUGAUGGCUGACGAGAUCUACAAGGACAUCCUUUACACCGGAGAACACUUCAGCAUUGCCGCUUUCCCGGAGAUGGCAAAGCAGACGGUCAUUCUGGACGGAUUCUCCAAGAGCUAUGCUAUGACCGGCUGGCGGCUGGGCUACGGCAUAAUGCCCGAGGAACUAGUGCCGCAUAUCACGCGUCUGGCGGUCAACAGCGUUUCAUGCGCUGCCUCUUUCAGCCAGCGGGCCGCCAUUGCCGCCUUGGACGGGCCCCAGGAUGAUGUGCAAGCCAUGGCUGCCGAGUUCGCUCAGCGUCGCCGCCUCAUUGCCGACGGGCUGCGCAGCAUACCCGGCAUUAACUGCCCGGAGCCUGAGGGCGCAUUCUACGUCUUCCCAAGCAUCAAGGAGACGGGGAUCAGCAGCGCCGAGUUUGAAGAGCGUGCCUUGAACGAGGCCGGCGUGGCCCUGCUGUCCGGUUCGGCCUUUGGCGCCUUUGGGGAAGGGUACGUGCGUCUGUCCUACGCCAAUUCCCAGGAAAACAUCAAAACGGCGCUGGAACGGUUGUCUGGGUUUGUGGAGUCGUUAGUUUAA